GAGGAGGAGGAAGGGGAGGUGGCGACCGACGGGCGGCAGCGCAGCUGCCGGCCAAUGCCGGGAGACGGCACGGCAGAGCCCCGCCCGCACCUCGCCGGUGAGUGCGGGCGUGGCGCCCCUUCUCCGCGAGGGCGAGGCGAAUGGCACUCGCACCCUCGGGGGGGCGGCCCGUCCCGCCGCACCUCGCCGCGGGCGGGCUGCGGCUGGGGCGGUGCCGCGCCGCUCCGCGCCACUCUCCGCGCACCCGCUGGGUGCAGGCGCCUCCCCUUGGAGGACCCUCCACAGCUCCUUGCGCCCGCCGCCGGUGGACGAGAGUGAGAGCUGCGGCGGGCGGGUGGGCAGGCGCUCGCCCUCAGGCGGGCCUCGCGGCGGUGGCAUGUCGGCGGAGCGCUCGUGGAGACUAUACCUUCUGUAAAGCUUUGUGGAAGAUAGAGGUGUGUGCUGCAAUGGUUACAUAAAUAUUUCAGAGGACUGGAACAAGUUGUCGAGAAUCUGUGUUUGUUCUUAAUGCUGCUGUCAAGAACAGUUGAAGGCAAGUAAACAACAUGAGUUUUAUCCUGAAACUUCACAGACAUUUUCAAAGGACAGUUAUUUUGCUGGCCACUUUUGUGAUGGUGAGCGUAGUUAUUUCUGCGUAUUACUUGUAUAAUGGCUACAAACAGGAAAAUGAACUUUCUGAAAUCUCUUCAGAAGUGGAAUGUGGUUAUCCUCAACUGCUGCCAUACAAGCUGAUGGAGAUGAAGACCAUGAAGCCCAUUGACCCUCUGAGGACAGAUCUUGUAGUGCUCGUGUUUGUGGAAAGUCAGUACUCAACACUAGGGCAAGAUAUAAUAACUGUUUUAGAAUCUAGCAGAUUUCAGUUUCACAUUGAGAUUGCACCUGGGAAAGGUGAUCUCCCAGUGCUUAUAGACAAAAAUAAAGGCAAAUAUGCUCUCAUAGUGUAUGAAAAUAUUCUAAAGUAUGUGAACAUGGACUCCUGGAACAGAGGCCUUCUAGAUAAGUACUGCAUAGAGUAUGGUGUAGGUGUUAUCGGAUUUCACAAAGGAAAUGAGAACAGCUUGCAGAGCUCUCAGUUGAAGGGCUUUCCUUUCCAUGUCCACAGCAAUCUGGGUAUUAAGGACUGUUGCAUUAACCCUCAUUCCCCACUGCUUCAUGUGACUAAAUCUUCUAAGCUUGAGAAAGGUCCCUUGCUUGGAAAUGAGUGGGCAGUUUUCCAGAUUAAUCAUACAGCGUAUCAACCAGUGAUAUUUGCAAAAGUAAAGACACCAGAAAACCUUUCACCACCUGCUGCUGUAAGUGCUCGCUAUGCCACGGUAAUUCAUGACCUGGGGCUCCACGAUGGGAUUCAGCGAGUCCUUUUCGGCAAUAACUUGAAUUUUUGGCUGCACAAGCUGAUUUUCAUAGAUGCCGUCUCUUUCCUGUCUGGCAAGAGGCUCAGACUGUCCUUGGAUAGGUACGUUCUGGUUGACAUCGAUGACAUCUUUGUUGGGAAGGAGGGAACAAGAAUGAACACCAACGAUGUACAGGCCCUGCUUGACACUCAGAAUCUUUUGAGAGCUCAGAUUACAAAUUUUACUUUCAACCUGGGAUUUUCAGGGAAAUUUUAUCACACAGGGACUGAGGAGGAAGACGAAGGCGAUGACCUGCUGUUGAGAUCUGUCGAUGAGUUUUGGUGGUUUCCCCAUAUGUGGAGUCACAUGCAGCCUCAUCUCUUCCACAAUGAGUCAUCGUUGGUGGAGCAGAUGAUCCUCAACAAAAAAUUUGCCUUAGAACAUGGUAUUCCAACUGAUUUGGGCUAUGCAGUGGCUCCACACCAUUCUGGAGUCUACCCAGUACAUGUUCAACUCUAUGAUGCCUGGAAAAAGGUCUGGAAUAUCAGAGUUACCAGCACAGAAGAAUACCCACAUCUGAAGCCUGCACGGUAUAGGCGAGGCUUCAUCCACAAAAAUAUCAUGGUGCUUCCUAGGCAAACUUGUGGCUUAUUCACCCACACAAUUUUCUAUAAAGAGUAUCCUGGAGGCCCAAAGGAACUAGACAAAAGUAUUCAAGGAGGAGAGUUGUUCUUCACAGUGGUUCUCAAUCCAAUUAGCAUCUUCAUGACACAUUUGUCUAAUUAUGGAAACGACCGCCUGGGAUUAUACACCUUUGUGAACCUGGCCAAUUUUGUUCAUACCUGGACAAACCUGAAACUGCAAACUCUUCCUCCAGUUCAGCUGGCUCACAAGUAUUUUGAACUAUUCCCUGAGCAGAAGGACCCUCUCUGGCAGAAUCCCUGUGAUGACAAACGGCACAAAGAUAUCUGGUCGAAAGAAAAAACCUGUGAUCGAUUACCAAAAUUCUUGGUUGUAGGACCCCAGAAAACUGGUACCACAGCCUUGUAUUUGUUCCUGAUCAUGCAUCCUUCCAUCAUUAGUAACUCCCCCAGCCCAAAAACCUUUGAGGAGGUACAGUUCUUUAAUAGAAAUAACUACCACAGGGGGAUUGAUUGGUAUAUGGAUUUCUUCCCCACUCCUUCUAAUGUCACCACUGACUUCCUCUUUGAGAAGAGUGCCAACUAUUUCCAUUCUGAGGAAGCUCCUAAACGAGCUGCUUCCCUCAUCCCCAAGGCCAAGAUCAUCACCAUCCUCAUUGACCCAUCUGAUCGGGCGUAUUCCUGGUAUCAGCAUCAGCGAUCACAUGAAGAUCCUGCAGCUCUAAAAUUCAGCUUCUAUCAAGUGAUCACAGCUGGACCUCGAGCACCAUCUGAGCUUAAAGCUCUCCAAAAGAGAUGCCUAGCACCAGGAUGGUAUGCUACACAUAUUGAAAGAUGGCUAACUUACUUCCCACCUUAUCAGUUGCUAAUUAUUGAUGGACAGCAGCUGAGAACUGACCCAUCUACUGUAAUGGAUGAAGUACAGAAAUUUCUGGGAGUCUCUCCUCAUUAUAAUUACUCUGAAGCCCUGACGUUUGAUUCACAUAAAGGUUUCUGGUGUCAGCUCCUGGAAGAAGGAAAAACAAAGUGUCUUGGGAAGAGCAAAGGUAGAAAAUACCCUCCUAUGGAUUCUGAGUGCAAGGCUUUUCUGUCAAGCUACUACAGAGAUCACAAUGUGGAACUGUCAAAACUCCUACACAAACUGGGACAACCCCUGCCAUCAUGGCUGAGACAGGAGCUACAGAAAGUAAGAUAGCAUUGAAACACAGCUUUUUGAAAUCUCUCUUCUACACUUCAGUCAUCAUAUCUAAAGUCUCCAGGAGCUACUAGAAGGUCUUGUAAAAUAUACCUCUUCGAGAAAGAGUAAAAGAUAGAAAUUAUUUCCAUGUGCUGGCAUGUGGAUUGUGAAAAUACAUGUGUUUCUAAGAGCUCUGGUGGGCCAGAUCUUUCUCAUAAACACUUCUGGGCUUGUGGACUUGUGGACCACUGCGCGCAUAUGUGGAAGUUAUUUGCAACUGGUAUAAGCUUCAGAGAUACGUGACCUGUCCAAUUUCACGGUCAAUAUAUAUAUACAUUUUUAUACAUCAGUUUAAAAGUAUUGUGUCUCAUGUAGGUUUUGUAGCCCAUUGUCAGACCACUGACAGUUUUUCUUACUAUUUGAUUAUUGUCUUGCACAAAAUAAGAAAACCUAAUGUAGCACAAAAUGUCAAGUGUACUUCUGGGUUAGAAGUACAGUUAUCAUAUAUGAUAUAGCUGUGCACAGCAGCAAAAUACACACAGCAAAAUAUGGAAGCCGCAGGCAAAUGCAGUAUAGAAACACCCCCCCACCCUACCCCCCAAACCCCAAGAAAGCAUUACCUAUGAUUAUGGCCUGUCAUAACAAACCCUUAAAAUAUGGUAAGGGCCUUUGACCACAAUUACUGUGUCUGAUUUUGGACUGACUGAAAUGGCAAAAUACAGAAUAUAGCCAUUAUCUGAGCAGAAAUUGAAUUGGACAUGUGAAGUCCAAUUCAACUGGACUGCAGUAUAAUUCUUAUAAAGUGUACAGAAUACAGUAUAAAGCUGCAGUAUAGUUCUUAUGAGCAGUAUUAUACUUCCACAGUUGUGAACCACACUGAAGCAGUGCAUUGAACAGGCUUUUACUCCUGGCCUCCACAAGCAGCCAGACACUGCCCUCUGGGCUUACAUUGGUGUGAAUCACGAGCAACUCUGCUGAAAUUAAUGAAAAACUCAUAAAAAGCAGAAACGGAUCCAUACUUAGAUUGUCUUAAUUUGCACCACUAUUUUUUCCUUAAUUUAUUUGCUUUCAGUCUCUGUGUUUUGUAUAUUCCAAGAUCCCUCAACCUAAUCAAAAUCAUAGCAUCUUUCAGUAACCUUCAGUUUACGUCAGCUGCAAAAAUCUAUCAGAUUUCCAGAUGAAAAUACUGGUUCUGGUUCCGGUUCCAGAUAUUUUCAACAUGUUUGGUAUUAAACAUAAGGAAUAAUCUGUAGUGGGAAAAAAAUUCCAGUAUGUAGUCACGGUAGAAAAUUACACUCUAAUCAUGGGAGACACAAAUAUCCAGCCUUACCUUUAUGUGAUACAUUUCAAUGAUACAUCUCGCAGUGCAUCAGUUGAGAUGUAAGAUAAAGUCUAAUUAAUAGUAAGAAAAAAUUGGGAAAGAGGAUGAAAGAAAACUUCAUCUGAGUAUGGCCUUACUGCUUCUCCACUGAACUUUGGCUCUGAGUGUUUCUUAAAGGCAUGAAGAGGUAGUGAAAAUGAAACAGAACUGCAGUACUAAAUGCAAUGCUUUUUACAGUAGCUCUAUAACAUUAUGAUUUGGUUUAGGGUGAAUAGUUAAAAAUAUGCAUCAAAUGGUGGGAAAACUUCAUGUGUCUCAGUGCUGCUUUACAACAUUUAUGUAAUCAUAUAAUUUAACUUUCAAGGUAAUAGAAUGGAAACCAGUCUGUUAUUCCCUAAACAGAAAAGAGAUGUCGACAUCCUUACUGUACCUCUAACUGGUAAUCUUUAUUAUUUAUUGAUUUUGUUUAUGUAAUAUGUGGUUUUGAUAGGUCUGUAAAGAAAAAAAUCAAGGCAAAUUUGCUGUAUAUAGCAAUAUUCUUUACACAGUACAUUUUUGCUAAGGGAAAAUGCAUGAUUAAUGAUGAGGACCUACUAGAGUAGACAUUGUUUAAGAUUAACAUCUUUAUUAUUUAUUAGACAGAAUAAGAGCUUUCAUUUCACUUUAAAUAGUCACUGUCAUAUGGAUUUGUCCCAGAAGCUUGACUUGUCGUGAAAUACUUCUUAUUUGAUAAGAGAAACACUCUGGAUUCUGAAGAUCUGUAAAAGCAAAUACUCUGAAUGCUAUGGACAGCUCAUGCCUCAUGCAAGCAUCUAUAUGGAUUUGAUACAACAAAAUUGAAUAACUGGAGAAAAUACCUGGGGUUUUCAUCCUGGUAUGAUUUGGUUUACCCUUAAUAUAACCUGAUAUAACUUCACUCAAACAUUUGUUGAAAAAUCUGCAGGAGGAAUGGGCUGCCACACUGGUAGUUCAUUCUUUGUUUUUAAGAACUCCCUUUCUGUCUUCUUUCUCUGGGAAAUCAAGGCCCCCACAAAACAAGAAUGAGUGGGCAGUCAGGCACAGAGUGGUGAUAGGGACAUGCGCAUCAGUUGUAUUCUCCCUCCAGAAAUUUUACAACAGAUACAGUGACAUUUAUCAAAUCUGUGGAAUACCGUGUGAGUCCUCGCUGAGGUACAGCAAGGAGCCCACUGCAAUUGUUGGUGAUCUGCUAAAACAGCCCAACUGCAGUCACCAUGUAGCACUGUGGGGAUAAGCCCCCCACACGCACAGCCUUGGCGUUGGGUGGAUUGGGGUUCGUUUGGCAGCUAAACACAAAGCUCAUUCUCCAGGAAGGAGUGCCACGGUGACUCUCAAGUCCUGAUGAGGAACAGCAGGUUGGAGCUCUUGUAUCAGCCCAGUGCCCUACUGGAAACGAAUGAGUUCCUAGUGGAUUCCUGUGGUAACUUUACCUGAGUAGAUAUUGUGAACAAAGUAGCUUGAUCUGGAACUGCAUCUGAAAGGGCAUAAUCUUGAAUCUCCGUAAGUCUGAGCUGCUGUUGAGAUGCAACUGUUAGGCACUAGCAUCUUUAGAAAAGGUGCUGUGGGAUUAGCUUCUUGUACGCUGGGAGGGAUAGUCUCUGAUACAAAAGCAAUGGAGAAAUAAAGGCAACUGCUGGUGAUCUUUGCAGUUCUAAAUUUCUGAUGCUCGCUUAUUACUUGUUAAAACAAAGAUGGUAUGAAGCAACUUUUUUUUUCUCAAGAACUAUUAUAUUUAAAUGUGUUCUUACAUUUAACAGGAGACUUUAAAAAACACUACUUUUAAUGUGCAGUCAACUUGGUGAAGAAUGAAGAGUCUGAGCAAAGCAUGCAGGCAAGAGCUACAUGUGUUAUUGUCCAAAUCAUAGGAUGCACAUGAAUACAGCUGAGUAAGCAAGUCAUACAACAUGAAUUACCUGACAAAGUUUAACAACUUCUAUUUACAGCUUACCUACAGUAAGUGUUUGAUUUCCAGAAGUAGACUAUCAAUAUUAACACUCUUAAAAAAAAAUACUGAUUCGUUACAACAAAUUUAUAUUUGCUAGUCAAAGUCAGAUAGGUUUUAUUGUGGUUGGUAACACAGUCACAGUUUCUGCUGCCCUGGUAGAUAACUGCACAAUUGCUUGAUUAUGUAAGCUUCACCUUCAUUUUCAUAAAUAUGAUUCUGAAAUUUGCUUUCUGCAGACAUCUGUGCCAUUAAAAGUUAAUGUGUGAUUAUGAGCAGAAAGUGACCGUUACAGGGGGUGUAAACGCAGAGCCUGAUAUGAAAUAACUUAAUUAUUUAAGCAAACAUUGCUGAAAAUACCGUUGAUAUUUUCCCAGUUCUACUCCUGCAGAAAGAAUUAGUUGCGAUGAUUUGCAGACUUUCUUGUACAGAAUAUCCUUUUUCAUUGCUUAAAAAUGUGAAACUUCCUCAGGAAGAAAUUAAAUAGGUAUUUCAGUGUUUAUAGAUGUAAUACUCGUCAUUCACAUUGAAUGAAAAUUGCUGGAAACAUUUCUCAGAUUUUUUUAAAUAAAAAAUAGCUAUUAUUCUGAUAGUGGCAUGGUAUCUGAAGUGCAACAAUAAACUCUGAUAAGAAAAUGUA